AAUUAAUAUAAAGUUUUCCAAGCUUUCAGGUGUUUCAGAGAUUGAAAAAUUAGGCAGCGUUACGUGCAGUUUUUAUAAAGUAAAAGAAAAAACAUAGUCUUCUGAUGGAUGCAGUAUUGUCCGUAUGUCUUCAUUGGAGAUAAUAUGUCAAUGCAAUCAUUUAACAAGCUUUGCAAAAAUAUUAAAUGUUUAUCAAUCAAAUGAAGAAUCACUUGGCCUUGAAGUUGUUACAUGGAUUGGUUGUGGACUAUCAAUUGCAGGAUUAGUUUUUACAAUUAUUAGCUAUUCUGCUUUUCCUUCAUUGCGACAAAAACUGGCUCCAAAAGUUCUUAUUAUUUUGUGUGCAAACUUAUUGUGCACUCUUGUUUUAUUCCUUGCUUUGGUAUCAAAAACAGAACCUCGUGGUUUGUGUCAGACUGUUGCUUCAUUGUUGCAGUUUUUUAUUUUGUCAACAUUUUUCUGGAUGGCAGUAGAAGGAUUUAUGUUGUAUAAAAUGUUUGUAAAAGUAUUUGGUGGAUCGCACAACUCCACUAACAUUUUGCUAAAAGCUUCAGCAUUUGGAUGGGGUAUGCCAUUAAUAUUUACAGUUGCAACUGCAGCAAGUAAACCUGAUUCCUUAGGCCCUAGUCUAGGUCCAAUCACCAAAAAAUAUUUAAAGUUGUGUGUUGUUCACGGUUUUUCAUUUUAUUUUGGUAUACUUUUACCUGUCUGCAUAGUAAUGGCAUUCAAUAUUGUAAUACUUUUAUUAGCUAUCAGAGGUAUUGAUAGCAACUCUAGUCUACAGAAUAAGAUAAAGAAAAAAAGAAAAGUCCGAAUUGCUUUUGUAUGCUCUUUAUUGCUUGGCACAACUUGGUUGUUUGCAAUUUUAGCUGUUGGAAAACUUGAAAUUACAUUUCAAUGGUUAUUUUGUAUUUUUAAUUCUCUUCAAGGUUUCUUUAUUUUUUUGUUCUAUACUCUUGAUAAUAAAAAAGUUAAAGACCAAUGGAUGUCAUUUUUGUAUGAAAAGAGAGUCUGGCAGCUCAAAACGUUUGAGACAAAAAACAUGAAACUUGAUAAUACAGAUUCGCAAACUUCUACAUUGGCAUUGCAAAUAAGUACAUUGUAAAAUAAUUGCUAGUAUUUAUUACCAGUUCUAGACUUCAUCAACUUCUUCUGCUAAUUCCGUUUUAAAUUUCUAAGAUUUGCGAUAAAUUUAGCUAACCAUGAUUACAUCGAAAAUUUUGCGAUAAAUUAAACUUAUAAAUCUCUUUGUUACAUUUAUCUAUGAUCACUUUGGUAAACGAAACAACGAUGUUGAGAGAUUUCUUCUUGAACUGAAAACCCUUAUUCAACUGUUUUUAUUUUUCAUAUUUAAAAAAUAUAAUUACAUUAGGUGUGUAAAAGUGCUACUAUUAUAUGUAGUUUAGUAAAUCAACUUAUUUCAUGCUUGUGUUUGACCACAAUUAACUUAUUUACGAUUAAUGAAGUUAUUUUAGCAUUGUCUGCAAGUGUUGUGUGACACAUUAAAAACAAGUUUUGUAAUUAUCGUGUGGUUAUGAUUUUAAACAAUUUAGUUAUUUUUAAAAA